CUUUUUUUUUAGCUCUAACCAUUCUAUCCCAGCAACCGUAUGGCAACGGCAGUAAACAACAUGGCAGUGUACACGCUGGAUCGGGUACGCCAGCUCUUGCAACGUGUCGUAAUGAGCGGAACGUUCACGAAGCACUUUGAAGCGGUGCACAUCGUUUCGGCUGGCGAUGGCAAAUGCACCGCCGAGCUUACGGUCAACGAGAACAUCCUGAACAACCUUGGAACUAUGCAAGGGAGUUUUUCGGCCAGCCUCGUGGAUGUGGUUAGCACAUAUGCACUGCUGACCCUACGCGACGUGCGGAAUGUCAGCGUGGACAUGAGCAUGAGCUACGUGGAUAAGGCGGUGCUCGGAGACAAGGUGACGGUGGAGGCAACAACCACAAAACUGGGCGGCAGCACAGCCUUCCUCACCGUGGACAUCCGCAACAAGGAAACGGGCAAGCUGCUGGUCAAAGGCCUGCACACCAAGCAGCUGCUGAACGGCAUGGAUUACCUGGGAAACAAGCUGGAUAUGGGUGCAGCGUCGGCCACCACAUCUAAGGCCUGAUACAGUGUGUUUGUCGUUCAAUAAACUGUUGCGCUA